AUGGCGGCAGAAGCGCCCCUCAGCAACGAAGGCUCCGCCGAGCCCCGAGAUCUUCAAGUCUCCAGCACCCUGCCUUCAGAAGUUGCCCAAUGCCUUCAAAACGCACGAUUCCUUCACCUGGCAACAUGCACGAAUCUCUUCCCCCACGUCUCCCUGAUGAACUACACCUACCUGCCCAACAGCCCCUACUCCACGACACCUACGAUAAUUAUGACCACAAACCCUUCCUCCAAGAAAACCCUCAAUUUAAUCUCGAACCCACACGUCUCGCUUCUGGUCCACGAUUGGGUCUCCCACCGACCGCCAACUACGAAUCGUCGGGGUUCCACAGCAGCAGGAGACCGUGCAGGCUCUCCACCUCCUGAGGCUUCACGAUCCUCGCUCGCUGCACUACUGUUGAAUUUGAAUACGAGCGCGAUGUCUAGUAUCUCUGCGACGAUCAAUGGGGAGGCAAGACUGGUGGAGAGAGGCACGGAGGAGGAGAGGUAUUAUAAGGAGAUGCAUCUGGACAAUAAUACGUUUAGUGAGGGGGAGGAGCAGAAUCCUGGUCAGGGUGAUUGGGAUGUGAGGGAGAGGCAGGAUGGAGGGAGAGGGAUGUAUAUUGAGGGGGAGGAGGUGAGAGUUGUGGUGGUGAAGAUCACGGAUGGGAGAGUUAGCGACUGGAAGGGCGGGGUUAGGGAUUGGACUUUGGCCGACGUAGAGAACAAUAUUGACGGAGAGGCGUUGGUCAACGGGGUUGCUGGGUCGUAA